AUGACACCCUUACCAGGCUCCGGCGAGACGCCCGGAGAGCGAGAGGAUCGUGAAUCUGGAGGCUUCCCCCAGGUCGAGAACAAGCUCUCGCUAGAUCCUACCUCCGUCCUGAGAGUUGCAUCAUGGAUCACCUAUUUCUCAUCUUCCCUCACCAUGAAGCUCACCCCGGGAAGCCAGCUUGUCGACCCAAAGAAACACAUCGUUUGGCUCUUCGACAAUACCGCAUAUCAACCUGCACAUGGCCCAGUGUACGGCCCUAUCGGAUGGCACGCUCAUGUAGUUGGGUGCAUGUUUGAGAAACACGGACGACAGGAUAUCGGUAGAUGGGUUGCCAUCAUCGCUGACCUGGUCGGUCUAGACGGCAAUCCAGGCCUCGACAAGGAAGCUGUCCGCAAACGAAUUGCCAUGCGUAUACAACCUUUCCUUAACGCCGUUGUGCCCAAUCGGUUUAUCAAGCUGGAGGUCCCGAUUUCCAGCGGAGAGGUGCAUAGAUUUAAACUAGGCAGCUCCAACAAGGACGGGAUUUCCGAGGACGAUAUUCGGAUUUUUCCCGCAGCCGGCGUCCAUGAUGGAACAGUGGUGCAAUCUCAGGCGAGAAAUUGGGGACCAAAGCCUUUGACCAUGAUGACAACUUUUGCAGCGCAGGAAAGCUGGGCAGUCAUCUCAGACGUCGACGACACGAUCAAAUAUACCCAGACGCCAGACGCCAUCGGCAUUCUACGAACAACUUUCGUCGAUGACCCGAAAGCGAUCGCAGGCAUGCCAGAGGUAUAUACUCAUAUCCAACAGCAACUCAACCCGACCUGGUUCUACCUCUCAGCUUCUCCGUAUAAUUUAUACGAAUUUUUGCACGGAUUCCUCCGCUCAACCUUCCCACGAGGCACACUCCUACUCCGUGAGGGCUCGUGGAUGGACCUGGCUGGUCUACUGAGGUCAUUCUCUCAGGGUACACAAGAGUACAAAGUUAGCCAGCUGGACAAAGUGUUUGGUUGGUUCCCGAUGCGCAAGGUCUUGUGCAUUGGAGACUCGACACAGAGUGAUCCAGAGGCUUAUGCGGAAGCGUAUAAAAAGCACGAUGGCUGGAUCAAGGCCAUCUAUAUCAGGAAAGUGACCGAUGUGGGGAAUAUGGGGGAUAGGAAUGACCCCGAAAGAUUUGAAAAGGCAUUCGAGGGCAUUCCUCGAUCCGUUUGGAGGGUAUUUGAGCAUGCAGAUGAGCUGUCGGCGCUUGUUGAUGAGCUCAAGAGUCAACCAUCUUAG